CUCCGGCAUAGAAAAUUGGAAAUUGGGUUUGAUUUGGGGUUUUCCAUCCAAACAGGGUAUAUGUGUAAAGUGUGGAUAUUUUUAUUCACUUUUACAAAUGUAUGUAGGGUAAAUUAGAGGGGUUAUAUUUGACCAUUUUCCCAUUUCUUUUUUGCCAAGACAACAGACAAUAUAUAUAUAUAUAUAAAUCCGUUAGGACUUAGGAGGGAAGGGCUCCAAUCAAUUAGGUCUAAGAAUUGGGAUUCUCUGAUAAGCUUUUGCUGCCUUCACAGCUCGAACCUUUUUCGCAGGUGUUGUAGAUUAUUUAUUCGCUAGAAGACAGACUCCUCACGAUUAAUCAUCAUGCCUAUACUUAAUCGUGUUGCCCUUGGGUUGAAGACUGGAAUGACCAAGCGUGGAAUUCGGAGAAACCGAGGUGAAAAGAUCGUCAAAGUUGUUCGUGUCGUAAAGGAUAGUAGAAGCACUGUAAAUGAUGAUGGAAGCACUUCUUCCUUUGGUUGGCUGAUGAUAAUGGGUUAUGCGUGGUCUGAAUAUGCCGAAGCUAAGGCAGAGAAGAAGGCCUUGAAGGAGGAGGCAAGACUGGAAACACAGAAUCGUCGUGAUGUUAUUGAUUAUCCUUCCUUGUGCGGAGUCCACCCAUGCUAUGCACCUCCACUAAGAUCCCAACUAGAAGCAUCAUUUAUGGAAAAAGCUCAACUUCUGGAUUUUGACUAAUGUUGUAUUAUUGUAUGUUGGAUGAUGCUAGAUUAAGUUAUUUUAAUUUAAAACUAUAUACAAGUCUGAUUUUUGUUGCAA